AUGGAAGGGGCUUACAUGUUUGGCCAAGCUUCAUCAAACUUAGGUUUCACAGAUUCUUUCAAAGGACAGAAGAUAUACGUAGACACAUAUGUUGUGUGGUGGGUAUUGGUUAGGCAAGCUAAUGGCAAGGCUAAUAGGAGACAUUGGUGGAUUCUCCACCCUCACUCCAUAACUACUCUAACAAGGAGAAAGGAUCUCAAGGGGAUCAGUGAAGGAAGAGCACACACACGUGUGCAUGCGCGACAGUUCUGGGACAUGUGGGACCAGUUCAUCACGUGUGGGUGCAAAGUGAAGAAAAGCAAAAAGAAACUGAAGGGUACAAUGUCUCUGCGUUGUGGUCUAAAGCUGGCUUUCAACUUCUCAUUCCAAAUUCAUGAAGGACUUUCCUUGAAGCAGCAAGGACAAGCUCUUGGCUUAGAAGCCAACUAA